GACUCUUUUGAAGGAUUGACAGGAAGUAUGGAGCCAGGGAUAAAAGCUCUGUCCCCAAGCUUUUUGGGGACUUUUUUUUGCAGCUUUAAUAGGAAUGGGGAAGCAAAGGUUGGACUCCAACUCUUGUGACAAUGAAUUUUUCCAGUUUUUGUGUUGGAGCCCAGAAGAAGACAGUGAGGAAACACCCAAGGUGUAUGUCUUCAAGGACUUGGAAAGAGGGAAGUGGUAACACAUUAAAGAAACAGUUUCAUCGCUUCAUUAAGGAGAUCAUCACCAUGCUUCGAGUGUGCAAGAUAUUUCGUCAAGGCCUUCAUGGAUUCCGGGAGUGUGAGAUCAUGCAGGCUACAGAUGAAGGGAAGCCUGCCUUUUCUGCAUGGGAUAAAGGGAAACAGUCCAAACUGACCUUCAACUACAAAGACUUCUUCUUUGAGCAGGGACAUUUCCCUCAAACAGCUAUUCAAAUUACUCAGAAGAAGCCAGAGUGGAGGGACGAACACGAGGUCCAAAGCCUCUGCAGUUUUCUGCAGGUGUUGGAAAGCUUCUGGAAUUACAGCCAGCAGCUCCAACUGCUGUUGGCCAAAGUCAUUCGUUAUGAACGGUUUGGCCGAAGGCGCGUGAUCUUUAAAAAGGGACACAGGGGCAACAGUUUCUACUUCAUCUACUUGGGGACAGUUGCUGUGACUGCAGAUGAAGAUGGGAGCAGCGCCUUCCUAGACUCACACCCAGACUUGCUGUACAAGGGCUCAUCUUUUGGAGAGAUGGCUUUGUUGACGGGAGCUGAGAGGAUCUCCACUGUGGUCUGUAUGGAGGACACCGAGUUACUGGUUGUGGACAAGGAGGAUUUUUUCGGUAAUAAGAUGGAUGAGGAGGUGAAGAAAGAAUUUCAAGCUCGGUUUCAUUUCUUCAGGGAGCAUGGUCUCUUUAAGACAUGGUCUGAUCAGGCCCUCUUGAGAGUGGCGAGUCAUUGCAAAGUGGAGAAGUUUGCAUUUGGGCAGCUGAUAACUCGGAAUGUGACGGAUUCUGGCUUUAUCACAUUUGUCAAAGAGGGCCUAUGCGAUGUCAUCCGGCUGUUGGAUCUUUCGACUUGUUUCUCGUACUACAAGUGGAUAUGGCAGCUACUGACACCAUUGGAUUGCAGCCUUCUGGACACCCACAUGCGGAGCCUGGAAAACUCUGCCCGGAAAAGGUUUAAAGAUUUUCAGCUCAAAUCCUAUCCAGUACUGGACUUCAGCAAUCUGAAAAUGGCACAUAUGGAGAAGAUUAGGCAGAAAGAAAAAUUUGACCAUUCCAAAGACUGUCAAGACAAUCCAACUGGCUUCAAAUCCUUGAAUUCACAGAACAAAAACUUCAGGAUUGGCAACAGCUCCUGCCCCAUUUCCUGCCCCAUGGUGAUGACGCAGUUUGGACCACUCCCAAAGGAUGCCGUGGUGGGCGUCUAUGUGAAGGUUCACAACCUGGAGCCAGGCGGCAUUCUGGGCCUGCACCAACACCUCAUGCCUGACAAUUUACAGGAUAAGCGAAGCUUGAUCUUGGUGAGCCAAGGAGCCACAGUUAUUCACAUGAAAAAGGACAUGUUUGAUGAAUUCAUGGAUGCUGAGACCAGAGCAAAAGUGAAAAAGCUGCAGAUUGCCUACCCCAGUGAUGACAUUAUGUGCCAGAAGAUCUUGAGGGAGAAUUCAUGGAACAUUUUCCGGAAGGACCUACUGAAACUCGUGACAAAAUUUCCCCCCUAUGAGACAUUCACUGCGUUCCGGACCCGAAAAAAGUGCCUCUAUUCACCUCUCUCUGGGGUUCUGGACCUGAAGAGUUUAGGGAAGAAGCCGCGGGGCUCAUACCCCAUCUUUAAUGCAAAAGUAGAUCCUGUUCCAAAAAAGAUCCUCCCCCCACUGAGAGUGGUGGACCGCAUCUCUCCUCCCAGGUACCCACUUAAGGAACUCAUGCCUAGAUAUAGGAGUGCUGGUAUUCUCCUCCAAAGCUAAGGAGAAGCAUUCAAGAUAGCAGCAGCAUUGCUGAAGGUGGGUGCCAUGGCCCCCUAUGUGGGCUUCCACAAGCAGGACAGAGGUCCAGAAAAGCCAUGGAGACUUGUGCCGUUGGACCAAAUAAGUAUUGGGUGUCGGCCAGCACAAGCAUUCCU